AUGGUAGAUAUCAACAAACAAGCUUUUUGGCAUUUUACCUUUAAAGACAUAUUAACUAUUCUAUGUUCAGCUGCUAUACCUAUAGCUCUUGCGAUUUAUACUGCAAUUGGGUCUCAACAACAAAAACGAGAAGCUGAAAGAACACGACAGUUUGAUUUGGAACAAUCGAGAGAAUUAAGACAACAAACACUUUAUGAUGAAUUCAUAAAUAAUAUUUUCAAAUUGGAUAAUUAUGGUUAUCUUAAGGAGAGAAAAAAUCCAUGGGCAUUUGCAAAUGCAUAUUAUCGUGCUGCUCAUCGUCAGUGGGAUACUAUACGUAAAGCAGAUGUCUUACAAUUUCUGAAAGAGAAACAAUUAAUUGGUAGAAAUAAUUGUUCUGAUGGAUGUAGAACAACAAAAUUAGAUGAUAUAAUUCGUUUAAAUGAGUUAAACUUUGAUAAUGUACACCUAGCAAGUGAAACUGGUAUAUUAAAUAAGUUGAAUUUACAAUGUGUUUCUUUUGACCAAGUAUCAAUGUCAAAUGCAGUAUUUUCAUUUGCUAGUUUAAAUGGUGUAUCAUUUGAUGGAGGACGGUUGGAUAACGUUAAGUUUGAUGGUUCAUCUUUACUUUGUGCUAGUUUUGAUGGUGUAAAUCUGUCGGGUGCAGAUUUUAGAAACUCUGAUCUGACAGGUGCGCAGUUUUUAAAUAGUGAUAUGUCAGGAGCUAAAAUAACGGAAAAUCAAAUGAAACAGGCAUAUUUUCAUAAUAUAACUAUGCCAAACGGAGCGAAGAGUGAAAGUACAUUCUCAUCGACAAUAAAAAAAUCUAUAGUACAAACAACAACAACAAUAAUAGAAACAAAAAUGUCGGCAGCAUCAUUACCAUCAUUAACCUCAACAAUAUCCACUACAUCAUCCACAACAACUUCAGCAUCAUCGACAACAUCAGCAUCAACAACAACGUCAACAGCAACGUCAACGUCAACAACAACAAUAACAACAACAACAACAAUAACAACAACGUCAACGUUAACAACAACCACAUCAACAACAACGUCAACAACCACAUCAACAACAACGUCAACAUCAACAACAACACCGUCAACGUCAACAACAUCAACAACAACGUCAACGUCGACAACAUCAAUAACAACGCCAACAACAACAACAACAACAACAACAUCAACGUCAACGUCAACGUCAACGUCAACAACAGCAGGAAAUCCAUGUUAG